CCAACGCCAUCAUCUGUUACAUUCGGCGACAGGAGCAGCCUGAGUCGUCAGGGCUAAUGUUGUUAUUUUCAUAAUUCACCGAGGGGAGAAAAACAUAUCUGCAAAUGACUCAUUGACGAUGCUUCCUUAGCAGUGAAAUACAAAACGGAUCAGACGGCUUCUCGCUUGCUAAGCAUUUUUGACGGCCUGGUUUUCAAAGGAGCCAUCUAAUCAUAGAUGUUUUCACUACAUCUUUAAUUGAAUGGAAUGCAAAUACUCCACUGUGGUACCCCAGUGCUCGCUGUGAAUAUAGAUAAUGGGCUGUGUACAAUGUAAAGACAAGGAGGCAACCAAACUUACAGAUGACAGAGAGACCAGUGUUUCACAGCACACUGGGUACCGCUAUGGGGCAGACCCAACGCCUCAACACUACCCUAGUUUUGGAGUCACCGCCAUCCCCAACUACAACAACUUCCAUCCCCCUGUUAGCCAAGGGGUCACUGUUUUUGGUGGAGUAAACACCUCUUCCCAUUCUGGAACACUGCGUUCGCGAGGUGGAACAGGAGUUACACUCUUUGUAGCACUUUAUGAUUAUGAGGCAAGGACAGAGGAUGACCUCAUUUUCAGGAAAGGAGAAAAGUUCCAAAUUCUCAAUAGCACGGAAGGCGACUGGUGGGAGGCUCGUUCUCUCACUACAGGUGGAACAGGAUACAUACCCAGUAAUUAUGUGGCUCCAGUAGAUUCUAUUCAAGCUGAAGAUUGGUACUUUGGUAAACUAGGCCGAAAGGAUGCAGAGAGACAGCUACUGUCUAAUGGAAACCCUAGAGGCACGUUUCUCAUCAGGGAGAGUGAAACCACUAAAGGAGCUUAUUCCUUAUCCAUACAGGACUGGGAUGACAUUAAAGGUGAUCAUGUGAAACACUACAAGAUCCGUAAACUUGACAGUGGGGGCUACUACAUCACAACCAGGGCUCAGUUUGAGACGCUCCAACAGCUUGUGCACCAUUAUUCUGCGAGGGCUGCAGGACUGUGUUGCCGUCUAACAGUCCCCUGCCACAAAGGCAUGCCUCGCCUCGCCGACCUGUCUGUCAAAACCAAAGACGUCUGGGAAAUCCCACGAGAGUCACUUCAGCUUAUCAAGCGAUUGGGGAAUGGACAGUUUGGAGAAGUCUGGAUGGGCACUUGGAAUGGCACCACUAAAGUGGCAGUGAAGACCCUGAAACCAGGUACAAUGUCCCCAGAAUCUUUCCUGGAAGAAGCGCAAAUCAUGAAAAAACUGAGACAUGACAAGCUGGUACAGCUAUAUGCUGUGGUUUCUGAAGAGCCCAUCUACAUUGUCACAGAAUACAUGAGCAAAGGGAGUUUGCUGGAUUUUUUGAAAGAUGGUGAAGGACGGGGCCUUAAAUUGCCAAACUUGGUGGAUAUGGCAGCUCAGGUUGCUGCAGGCAUGGCUUACAUUGAAAGGAUGAACUACAUCCACCGAGAUCUGAGAUCGGCAAACAUCCUUGUGGGUGACAGCUUGGUGUGCAAGAUUGCUGACUUUGGACUGGCCAGGCUGAUAGAGGACAAUGAAUACACAGCUCGACAAGGCGCAAAGUUCCCCAUCAAGUGGACAGCGCCUGAAGCUGCACUGUACGGACGGUUUACCAUCAAGUCAGAUGUGUGGUCAUUUGGAAUUCUGCUCACGGAACUGGUGACCAAAGGUCGCGUGCCGUAUCCGGGUAUGAACAACAGGGAGGUGCUUGAGCAGGUGGAACGUGGCUACAGGAUGCCCUGUCCCCAGGACUGCCCCAUCUCUCUGCAUGAGCUCAUGCUGCAGUGCUGGAAGAGAGACCCAGAGGAAAGGCCCACCUUUGAAUACUUGCAGGCAUUCCUGGAGGACUACUUCACUGCCACUGAGCCACAGUACCAACCAGGAGACAACCUCUGAACACCAUGAGCACUGGGGACAACGGAUUGCAGCCACUGACUUCUCUUCACAAGGACAUUGCCACUGAUACGAUGCACAUGUGAUGACAAAAGCUUCCAGAUUUCUUGCCAUCUUGAUCCAGUCUUUUGACACGUUACAUCUUCCAUUGAAAAGACACGUCAUGUUACUUGUAUCGGUUAAGCCAAAUAGUGUUUUGGGGACUCCAGUGAUCUUCAGGGGUUCUCACAAGCAUUGGAAAAAGAAUCACUAAUAAGGAUAAAAUGACCUGUUUGUAUCUAGUGUAAAUAUGACCCACGUGUUUACUUACUCCCUGUUUUAAGCUUUAUUACUUUUUAUAAUGCAGAUUUUUUUUGUUUGAUUUUCUUUUUGUUCUUAUUGAGAAGUGUCAUUCUGCAGAGAAACGCAUGAAUUUUGAGGCCGAAACAAAACCUCUUUUAAUGAUAUAAUGAUUCUGGAAAUCAUUUCUGUUUAAUUCUAGUAUUCCAGGUGGAUAUUGAUCAGCUUCUUUAAGAAACCACUGGGAUGCCGUUAUAUAUCCCAAUAAUAACAUUCCUGGUUUGUUUAAGUUGAGAAAUACUGCAGUGCAUAGCUAGCUAGCUUUCCAGACACAAAACCUUGUGACCUUUUACAGAGGAAAAUGUCUGCUCUGGCUUUGGUGACUCUUCUGAGCCUUUUAAUUUGCAACUGCUUUUAGCAAAAGCUCAGUGUCUUCAUUUUGUUUUCUUGUUACUUAAAAUGAGUGCAUUUUCUAUUUAGUCACUUUGGAUUAAUGAUAGAUUAAUUAUGCAUCAAUAUAGUAUUCAGGCUGUGUGGGCAUUAUGCUUGACUAUACCUGCAUCUCUCUAGCAAAGGUAAAAUAAAAAUAAAUGGCUAACAUCAUUACUGUUGUAAGAGGUAUAUAAAACAAGACCAUUUUAUGCAUUGUAACAUAUAAGAUAACUAAGUAGAGGAGGCAAAAAGGUAAAGGCUUAAUUUAACCCUACUGAGCUUGUGUUUUGGUCUGUCUUUCUGUUCCUGAGGUAAGACAACAUUAAAGCUUUAUCUCUGGGGUCCACCCACACUCUGGGUCAUACUAAAUCUCAUCUGCGUAUGACCUUGAAAAAUGUCAGGAAUAUUUGACAGUUCUUUUCCAGGCAGAAUUGGCAGGGGCAAGAGCCAAACUCAUAUUCGUUUAGUUUCCAUAAUGAUCUUCACCCAGAAUUCCAGUGGUUCUAGUGAAGGUUUUAGACUUAAUAGCGUGCACUACAUUAGGCAGUAUGGGCCUGGGAGCUAGGUCCAGUGUGUUUGUACAUCAACCUCCAACCUCAUGAUUUUCACCUGUUCUUUGUUCUUGUAUCAUCUAUUUAGAUUAAUUCAUAGAUACUGUGUUUAUUUAAUUGUUUAAUUGUUUCAUUUAUGCACAUACAUUUGUAGAAUAAAGACUCAUAUCCAA